CUCUUUUCUUUUCUUUUUGCCUCUCUAUUUCGUGGUUUCUUGGGGGGAUAUGCGAGGAGCGUCUGAUGCUGAUUUGGUGGCCCAGAUUCGGCGGGCGAGGUGUCAUCUCUCCUGCGGCACGACGACAGGAUGGAACUCCGAUCGCCGGACCGGCGCUUGCAGCAGUACGACGAGGAGUGCGGCGGAGAUCGCGGUGGCGAGGAGAUCUGCUCCUCCAGCGAUGCCUUCGAUAUCCCGGCCAAGAACGUCCCCGUCGAGCGCCUCCGCCGGUGGAGGCAAGCAGCCCUCGUUUUGAAUGCCUCUCGUCGAUUUCGAUACACGCUGGAUCUAAAAAAGGAGGAACAAAAAGAGCAAAUAAGGAGGAAGAUUCGGGCACAUGCCCAAGUCAUACGGGCAGCAUAUCUCUUUAAGGAGGCAGGGGAAAGAGAGCCACCAGACACUGUGGGAGGAAAGCCAAUAGCACCUGCUGGUGGUUUUCAAAUUGGUGUGGAGCAGCUCACUUCGAUGAAUAGGGAUCAUAAUUUUUCUGCUCUACAAGAAUAUGGGGGGGUUAAAGGGCUGUCAGAUAUGCUGAAGACCAAUAUUGAUAGGGGAAUUAGCGGAGAUGAUUCAGAAGUAUUGCACAGAAGUAAUAUAUUUGGGGCUAACACAUAUCCUCAAAAGAAAGGAAGAAAUUUUUUGGUUUUUGUAUGGGAAGCCUGCCAAGAUUUAACCCUGGUCAUCUUGAUGGUAGCUGCAGUUAUAUCUCUGGCGCUGGGCAUACAGACAGAGGGAUUACGUGAAGGAUGGUAUGAUGGUGGUAGCAUUGCCUUUGCUGUUAUUAUUGUUAUACUUGUUACAGCCAUCAGUGACUAUAAGCAAAAUCUUCAAUUCCAAAAUCUGAACAAGGAAAAGCAAAAUAUACACUUGGAGGUAGUCAGAGGUGGUAGAAGAUUUGAAGUUUCAAUAUUUGAUCUUGUAGUUGGUGAUGUUGUUCCUCUUAAAAUUGGUGAUCAGGUUCCUGCUGAUGGCAUUUUAAUUUCUGGCCAUUCUCUUGCCAUUGAUGAAUCUAGUAUGACUGGAGAAGCGAAGAUUGUUCACAAAGAUCAAAAGAACCCAUUUUUGAUGUCUGGUUGCAAGGUUGCUGAUGGCUAUGGUACCAUGUUGGUAACAUCUGUCGGAAUCAAUACAGAAUGGGGUCUAUUGAUGGCCUCCAUAUCUGAGGAUAAUGGUGAAGAAACUCCCUUGCAGGUGCGCUUGAAUGGUGUUGCUACUUUCAUUGGUAUAAUUGGCCUGACUGUUGCUGCUGCAGUUCUUGUAGUCCUCUUAGCUAGAUAUUUCACUGGGCAUACCAAGAAUCCUGAUGGAACUGUUCAAUUCAUAAGGGGACAGACAGGUGUCAGGGAUGCACUUAAUGGAGCCAUUAAGAUCUUGACAAUUGCAGUGACAAUCGUGGUUGUUGCGGUGCCUGAAGGGCUUCCAUUGGCUGUAACCUUGACCCUUGCAUACUCUAUGCGAAAGAUGAUGGCAGACAAGGCCCUGGUGCGAAGGCUUUCAGCUUGUGAAACUAUGGGUUCAGCAACAACAAUCUGCAGUGACAAGACUGGAACUCUGACCCUGAAUCAGAUGACUGUUGUGGAAGCAUAUGUCGGUGGGAUGAAGUUAGAUGCUCCCAAUGAUGUUAAAGAGUUGUGUAAUAUAUCUCCUCUGUUGAUUGAAGGCAUUGCACAAAAUACAACUGGUGAUGUGUUUGAGCCUGAGGAUGGUGGAGCUAUGGAGGUUACUGGCUCACCCACUGAAAAGGCCAUCCUUUCUUGGGGUGUCAAGCUGGGAAUGAAGUUCAAUGAUGUGAGAUCAAAAUCCUCAAUUCUUCAUGUCUUUCCUUUCAACUCAGAGAAGAAGCGUGGUGGUGUUGCAAUACAGCUGCCAGAUUCUAGGGUUCACAUCCAUUGGAAGGGGGCUGCUGAAUUAGUUUUAGCCUGUUGUUCAAACUGGCUUGCUCCAGAUGGUUCAGUUCAACCGAUAACCUCAAACAAGAUGAAUGAAUUUAAGAAGUCAAUCAAGGACAUGGCAGCAGUGAGCCUACGCUGCAUUGCGCUUGCAUAUAGAUUGUAUGAUCUGGAAAAAGUUCCAAAUGAGGAAAAGAGAGACACCUGGGAGUUGCCUGAGGAUGAACUGAUUUUGCUUGGUAUAGUGGGAAUAAAGGAUCCUUGUCGUCCAGGCGUAAAGGAUGCUGUUAACUUAUGCACUAAAGCAGGUGUCAAGGUACGCAUGGUUACGGGAGACAAUAUUCAAACAGCAAAAGCCAUAGCCUUGGAGUGUGGGAUACUUGAUUCAGAUGCCAGUGCCACUGAACCAACGGUUAUAGAAGGAAAAGCUUUCCGAGCCUUGUCUGAAACAGCAAGAGAAGCAAUUGCUGAGAGGAUAACUGUAAUGGGAAGGUCUUCUCCUAAUGACAAGCUUUUACUUGUCCAAGCAUUAAGAAGAAAAGGUCACAUAGUUGCUGUAACUGGAGAUGGCACAAAUGAUGCUCCUGCAUUGCAUGAGGCAGAUAUAGGUCUUGCAAUGGGAAUUCAGGGGACAGAAGUUGCAAAAGAAAGCUCAGACAUCAUUAUAUUGGAUGAUAAUUUUGCAUCAGUAGUGAAGGUUGUCCGGUGGGGCCGUUCCGUCUAUGCAAACAUUCAGAAAUUCAUCCAGUUCCAGCUAACAGUCAAUGUUGCAGCCCUUGUAAUAAAUGUGGUUGCAGCAGUGUCAUCUGGCGAUGUACCUUUAAAUGCUGUACAGCUUCUCUGGGUCAACCUCAUCAUGGACACACUUGGAGCGCUUGCAUUGGCAACUGAAGCACCAACUAACCGACUUAUGAACAGACCCCCUGUUGGUCGGAGGGAGCCUCUUGUUACAAAUAUCAUGUGGAGAAAUUUAAUAAUGCAGGCACUUUAUCAAGUGGCUAUCCUCCUGACUUUCAACUUUGGUGGCAGAAGCAUCCUGCAUAUGAAGGAUGAUACCCUAGAACAUGCAGAAAAAGUGAAGAAUACUUUUGUAUUUAAUACAUUUGUCCUAUGUCAGAUAUUCAAUGAGUUCAAUGCUCGAAAACCAGAUGAAAAGAAUGUUUUCCGUGGAGUCACAAAGAACCGCCUCUUCAUGGGGAUUAUAGGAAUAACAGUUCUACUUCAGGUUUUGAUUAUUGAGUUCCUUGGACAUUUUACUUCAACUGUCAGGCUCAAUUGGAAGUUGUGGCUGUUUUCAAUUGCUAUAGCUUUUGUAAGUUGGCCUCUGGCUCUUGUUGGAAAGUUCAUUCCAGUUCCUCAGGUUCCUUUCAGGGACUACAUUUUCAGAUACCGGAGGAAUGAACAAGAUGAAAGGGCUGAGAGGCAGUGAGAUAACCAGAUUUGAUAUGCAACUGCUGAAUAUGGGCGGAUAUUUUGAUAAAGUGCCUAGUUGCCCCAUUCGUGGAUCAUAUUGUAAAGAUAUAGCCCUAUUUAUAAUAUGUAUAUUGACUGAGCAAUUGGUUCUAUUUGGCUCUUAAGCGAGUGGAACUAUUUUUAUACAGCAAGAUCUAAUAUAUAUAAUAUUUGUAGCAAAAUUUUCUCUUGUUUGGAUAAAAGCUAGUCAGAGAUUUCACUCAA